UGAAAACGAAAUUGCUAACACAUGGCUUUGCUCUAAUUACACCAAAUUGGUUUUCUGUAUUCUCAAAAGCCACAAUUUAAGUAUGGUAGGUCAGGACUAUCCCAUACACAUUUCCUUCAAAUAUAACUCCUUUACUCUUAAUUAACACCCAAUAUUCAUUUCAGUUUCAUACUUUGAAAUCCGGUAUUAUUUCAGUAGCGACAACAAUCAUAUUAUAUUAUAUUAUAUUAUAUUAUAUUUCUCGGUUGAGAUCUGAGUUUGAUUCUUAUUAACCUGCUUACCUUGUAACAAAAAAUGGGGAUCAUGAGAAAUGUAGGGAAAUACCAACUUGGUAGUACCAUUGGUGAAGGAACUUUUGCCAAAGUUAAGCUUGCUAGAAAUAUAAUCAACAAUCAAAUAGUUGCUAUCAAAAUUAUUGAUAAGGAGAUGGUUUUGUCUAAUAAUCUUAUGUCUCAGGUGCAAAGAGAAAUUAGAACUAUGAAGCUUUUGAAUCAUCCUAACAUUGUAAGAAUACAUGAGGUUAUAGGUACAAAGACAAAAAUUUACAUAGUCAUGGAAUAUGUAUCAGGAGGACAACUUUCUGACAAAUUGUUUUAUGCAAAGAAGUUGAGCGAAUCGGACGCAAGAAAAUACUUCCAGCAAUUGAUAGAUGCAAUAGACUAUUGUCAUUCAAGAGGAGUAUAUCACAGAGACUUAAAGCCAGAAAACCUGCUUUUGGACAGCAAAGGAAACCUCAAAGUAUCAGAUUUUGGACUCAGUGCAUUGCAAAAGCCUGGAACUUUAUUGUCAACAGCAUGUGGUUCUCCAAGCUAUGUUGCACCUGAGCUACUGAAGAAAAAAGGUUAUCAUGGGGCAGCUGUAGAUGUGUGGGCUUGUGGAGUGAUCUUAUUUGAAUUGCUUGCGGGUUAUCUUCCAUUCGAUGAUCCCAAUCUAAUGACAUUGUACACAAAGAUUUGGAGAGCGGAAUAUGAAUGUCCGAACUGGUUUUCACAGACCCAAAAGAAACUUAUUGCACGAAUAUUGAAUCCGGUUUCCAGAAAGCGAAUUACAGUAGCCGAAAUCAUGGAAGACGAGUGGUUUAAGACAAAUUAUGAGCCUGCCACAGGCAUUAACUUGCAAAGAAAUGAUAUCACAGACGAUGUUCAAGCAGUUUUUGAACCUGAAAAGGAAAGUUCAGAAGACGAAAACAUCUCUGAAACUCGAGGAUUCAUCAAUGCGUUCCAACUAAUAGCAAUGUCUUACGAGCUUGAUUUGUCAGCUUUGUUUGAAGAAAAUGAUGACAAGAAGAACAGGAUAAUGCUGGGUUCUAAAUACACAGUAACAGAAACUAUACAAAAGAUAGAGGCAGCUGCAAGAAAUGCAAGUUUUUCGAUCGAAAUGAUGAGUAACAGCAAAGUGCAAAUGCAAUUAAAAUCGAAGUCUCGAUCAACCUUUAACCUUUUAGCGGAGGUGAUUAAAGUCGCACCAACAGAUUGCGUAGUACAAGUUUCAAAAUCAGUCGGAGAAUCAGGGAUAUAUCAACAGUUCUGCAGAAGUUUAUCUAGUUUACUAAACGAAGAUUCGAACAAAAAUCUUAACAUUGGAUUCACUAGUACGAAGUCUAAAACACGAAGAUCAUGAAAGGUUUAUUAUAGGCGGUAUGAUCAUUAGUAGGAAAAAUUUUAUCGGGGGACAAAUUUAGCAACCGGGUUCCAACGUUUUUGAGCAAUAAGAUGAUCAUAUGGUUUCGAGUUUUGACUAUGAAAAUGUAAGGAGUUAGAUAAUGUCUAGUUAAAAAUUAAGCUUAGGCUUGAUCCAUUGAGAAGGUACAUGAAGAAUUGAGACACAAUGUCAAUCUUGAAGUUAAAGCAUGAUUCUUUUCUUUGUGCAUGAACUUCUAUUUUUUAGUGCUACUAGACAAUCAACUGAAUACAUCCAAUUUUCCAAAUGUGCUAGUAAGCAUCUUACUCAAUCUCCAAUUUAAUAGAGUAUAUAACAUAUAAUUGGGCUACAUCUCAAAACUUUAGCUGAUAGUUGUAUGCUAGUAGCCCUAUACUAUGUUAUAUAUAAAAGCUUAUGCUGAUGGAUGUCACCUCAUAAUAUGUUACAUAUAAAUGGUUGCAACUUUGUAUUAUAUGUAAAAGCUUUAGCCGAUAGUUUUAGGCUUGUAGCCCCAUAUUAUGUUAUAUAUAAAAGCUUAUGUUGACGCUUGUCACCUCAUAACAUGUUAAAUACAAAUUGUUGUAACCUCAUAUUAUGUUAUAUAUAAAAGCUUCAGCUGAUGGUUGUAGGCUUGCAGUCUCAUAAUAUGUUAUAAUACAAAAGCUUAAUGAUGAUUAUAACCCCAUAAUACGUUAUGGAUAUACAUGAUACAUCUUAUGUCUCAAAUGAGAAUAGUGUAUACUUGGGUACUAGUAGCCCCAUAACAACUUUUCAAUGAAAAGGAAAUUACAUACGAAAUUGCACUUGCAACCACAUUAUGAUUCACUUGGUGUUACUUUGUGCUUUGGAAUUUUCUUUGUGAUGGACACUACUUUUUAAGUUAUCAUGUUGCCACUUAGGCUUGACAACCAUUUGCAAAAUGAUAUAUCAUUUGUGUUUUUGAUUCAAU